UUGCCAUCCGACUAUGGUUCGGAGCAUCGCCACUUCGUCCUUUUUCGGCCUACCGCCGUUCAACAACCCCUUCGCCGUAGUUAGAUCUCGCCGUGAUUCGCAGCGGCGAGUCCGGCAGCUACUCGAUCGUCUUUCUCCAGACCAGCAGUUGGAACUUCUUGGACUGAGUCCCAUAGGGAAUGCUGAUGGGGGGAGCAACGAUGAAGGCAGGGUCAGGGGAGACUUGCCCACUUCAGAUAGGAAGUCGGUGCUGAAACCGACGCGCAAGGGAGGGAAAAGCGGCAUUGCCGGCAAUGGGGAAGUAGAAGAAGAGGAGGAGGAGGAGGACAACGGAGAGGGGGAUGAUAUGGAUGAUAACGAGGAGGAUGAAGACGAGGAUGAGGAGGAAGAAGAAGAAGAGGAGGAUGAAGACGAUGAAGGGAGCGACGGUGACGACGCGGAGAAGGGCGACGAGGAGAUCCUGAUGGUCGAUUUCGACUUCUUUGACUCCCAGCCGUCGGAUUACCAUGGAGUGAAGGCGCUGCUGAGAACGUUCCUGGACGGCAAGCGGUGGGACCUGCCGGCGUUUGUAGACGCCAUCACCGCUGGACCACCAGGAGGGGGUGCUGCUGCAGGGGAGGGGGAUGCUGGAGGUGCUACUGCUGGUGGUGGGAGCGUGGCAACGGUGGUGAAAGCAGGGGAUGAGGGGAGUGUGCUUGGGCUCACUGCUUGUUUGCCGUUGAUCUGCAAGUCCAAGGGCUGGACGGCGGAUUUUGUCCGGUUCCUGCACGAAGGGUGUGACAACAAGGCGCAGUGGGACGAGCUGUGGGGUGUGCUGCAGAGAGGGCGCGUGGGCGUGGUGCUGUGCGAACGAGUGGCCAACCUGCCGUUUCAACUGGUGCCGCACCUGUUCAGAAGCACACUUCAACCAAUGCUGGAGAAGGGAGCGCCAGUGGAAAAAUUUCUGAUUCUGACGCGCAUGUACCGACAGACUGGUGGCAAGGCGUCCAGGAAGCAGCACAAGGGAGCAGCACAGGGCUCAGAAGGAGGCCCUUCGGAGCUGUUCUUCCCCAAGCCAGAGGAUGAGCUGCUCAAGAAGCUCGCCACGUCGUCGUAUUCCUUCCCAGUCCAUGCUGACAUCAUGGCUUCCAGACAGCUGAAGGGCUUCCAACAUCUGCGCUUGGUCAUGCUUCUUUCAGCGGCUCAAAUACGCACUUUCUUAGAGAAAGUAAACGACAUGGUGGAUGAUGACUGAGGAACCACGCCUGUUCUUCCUCAUCAAUCUUAAAACAAAAGCAUUACUGAAAGGCUUUUAUUUGUAAGCACGUGGCUUAUGGUAGUUUCAAAUGUUGUUGAUGCGAAUGUAGGCCAUGUGAAAUGUAAACUUAAUG